UCUGCAUACAGCUCAACAAUUGUGCCCGACGACACCGCAUCAAAUGUGACAACAACAAAUAACACUUGUACUUAUUAUUAUGUCACUACUGCGCGUUUGAGUCAAAAUUUGAAUACGAAAUUCCCCCAACAACAACACCAGCAUCCCAAUGGUGGUGUAAUAUCCGUGUUAUUGUACCUCGGCGUGAUGGCGGGACUAUUUCAUUGCAGAUAACGUUCAAUCUGGAUGGUUGUCGUCCCAUUACCAUAAACGCACUGGCGCGUGUGUAUAGCCACUGCUAUCAGCGAAUUCAUUUCCGAAAUGCCAUCAUCAUUUAAAUUCAUGUUUCAGGUUGUUGCUGCCCUCUGGGGUCUAUCGGCGACAGUUUUAGCAACGACUAAACACAAUGACGUAAGGACGGAAUUACCAUCAUUUUCAUCCUGGAAUGAAACUUUACUCCAGCAACGGUCUGUCUGCCCGGAAGACUAUUCCCCUUGCAUUUGCGAUUUAACCGCUUACGGGCUGGAAGUCACCUGCACAGACGUGUCCGUCCAGGACAUCCAGGACGUCUUCUUCCGCACUCAAACCUUUCGACUCUAUUUGGUCAUGUUGUCUCCAUCCUUUAAUCCGGAUCCUGCAGGAUCCUCCAUCAAUUUGCCCGCCGAUCUUUUACAGGACAAACGAGCCGAAAACAUUUUCCUCAUUUGCCCACCCAACGCCUCGCCCAGCAUCGGACUGACGAUCGAUCCGGCGGCCUUUGAAUUCACGCGGUUCAACACGUCCGUCUUUGGCAUAUUCAACUGCGAUCUGGCCGGACAGACGGACAUGCAAUUCCUGACGGACUUUUCGGUGCUCAAUACCCUCCGCUUCGAGAACACGUUGAAUCUUCAAGUUAUUGAAAGUCUGCCCAGUUUGCCGGCCCUCAAGAAGCUCAUCAUUUCCGGCUGCACUGGGCUGGAAACGGCGGCCUUUCCUGAUUUGACUCCCGCUGGGUUGCAGCGGCUCUACCUCAACGGUAACGGAUUGAGCGACGAAACGGCCAACGGCAUUUUGGUGUCGGUGGGCAGUUCGUCGUCGGCCAGCUCCUUGCAGGAGCUGAUCCUGGCCAACGACGGACUCACCCGAAUCCCGCGCAUCGGCUCAUUUUCCAAAUUGUCCGUCUACGACGUCAGUUACAACGUCGUGCCGUUCAUGAGCCAAUUGACUUUGGACUUUGGUGCCGUCGUGACUCUCGUCAGUCUCAAAAGUAAUUCACUAACAGCCAUCGAAGGCGGUGCAUUUCAAGGCGAUUUCACUUAUGCCCAAGUCAAUUUGGAGAAUAACAAUUUGAGCGAAUUCCGAUCGGACGUUUUCCUGUCGAUGCUCCAACAGAUGGCGACGCCAUCCAGCGGAUCAGGCGGCCAAGUUCUCGUGACCGGAAAUCCUUUUAAAUGCGAUUGCGGUUUGGCUUGGCUGAUCCGCGACAAUCCAGCUCUCAUCCCCAGUGUCAGGAACGGAGUUUGCGGCGGAUUCUUCCGGUUCGAGGAUCUGAGUCCCGAUUCGUUUACCAAUUGCUUGUAAUAUCGUCCAUCAAAAGUAAAUAAAAUAAGUUGAUUCUUUGUUAAAAU